AUGUGUAUUGGUCGAGUUGGAUUGAUGCAGUGUCGCGAGAAAUGUUUGAGUGACGGUGCUGAGCGAACUACUGCACGCUGCGUUCGACAACACGAAUUUCCGUUUCAAAAGCGUUGUCUCUGCCAGGUGAGACGCUCACCAAUGCACACAGUAGACGGUGGCAGUCAUAAAGUUGGCAAGAACCCAGCACUACGGAACACGACAGAAAUGCCAAUCAAACGUGCACUGCUAGAAAAACUUAGCAAAGAAAAGAAACGAAACCCCGAGUUAGACGUUGGAGAUGUGCCAUUGUUGAAGGAGGACGUCUGUACUGAAAAUAAUGGGGAUGAAGUUUGCGAUCGAAAAUGCAGUAGCAAUGACACAAAUAGUUCCGGACGAUGUCAAGCUGAUGGUGAUCGUGUCGUUUGUCGAUGUUCACCUUGUUUAACAUUAGUAUGCGAUUUUGAGAAGAACAUGGAAUGCGGGUGGACGGAUAUGCACAUGAUAGACGAACAAUUUGGAAAUGUUAGCAUUGCCUCAAAGCUUGAUCAAAGUAGGUGGACGGAUAUGCACAUGAUAGACGAACAAUUUGGAAAUGUUAGCAUUGCUUCAAAGCUUGAUCAAAAAAAUCGCUACGGACUCUCACGAAUACCUAGCUCUUCAUAUUCUGGUUUGUAUCGAAGGGGGCCCUUUGAUGGGCCUAUAACACUGACUGUAGAUGUUUAUCCCACUGAAGGAAUAGAUGUCCGAAUUUGCAUAGAUACAUUGCAGAAGUGUCAAACGCAAAAGGUCACAGCAAAAUCAUGGAAUCGAGUGAGGGCAAAGAUAAAAGUGAAACAAGCACAGCGAGUAUGUGCUGCCUUUAUGUUACAUACCCUUUUUUACAAUACAAGUUAA